AUGUCCGGAAACCACAACGUCGGUAAUCGCAACAGCACUCCCGAGGCAAACACAACGUCCUCGUUGCGUCCUCCUUCUUCCAGAGCUGUUGGCUCUGGACAUUCUUUGCGCGCCUCCGCGGAUAUGGCAGCCCUCGCUGGUCCUCCCUCGGCCAAUCGAAUCCGCCCAUCUUCCGAUUUUUAUGGACAAAGCCAACAGGCUCAGGGGCAAGGCAACUCGGACUCCGACCCCCAGGACAAGAUUGCGCAGCAGUGGAUUGCCGAUAUCGACCAGUAUGAGACCACUCUCGAGGAAAUGGCCGCAGCUACUCUCGAUCAGGAUUUCAAGGAUGAGCUGAGUGCCAUCGAACAAUGGUUUCGGGUUCUGAGCGAAGCUGAGCGUACUGCUGCCCUGUAUGCUCUGCUUCAACAGACUACCCAAGUCCAAAUCCGCUUCUUCAUCCAGGUGUUGCAGCAGAUGGGUAAGAAUCAUCCCAUGUCUGGUGUCUUGUCUCCAGCCAAUUUUGAUAAGGACCCAAUGUCGAAUCGGCUCAGCGACGCUAUGAGCAAGCUCAAUGUGGACUCGACUCGUAACUCGUACGCUCGCAACUCGACCAUUAGCACCACGAAGCGUCACUCCGGCCUCGACCCAUCUACGAUCAAUGCCAUGUUUCCAGAUGCCGCCGCCGCAAUCGCCACUGAAAAGGCCAAAUUCACCCAACAAACUGGAAAUUUGCCGGCUUCUAACCGCAACAGUGCUGCGAUCGAUGCCAGGACCUCGGCCAUGGCAACACCAGGUCUUCCUCCGCCUCAGGAGGCAAGGGAGGGCGCAACGCAAGGAUCAUCAGGCUUGGCGUGGGUCGGCAACACCUCCAACGAUCAGACUGCCGCCAAACCUGCCACGUCCCAGACGCCUAUGGGUCAAUUCGUGCAGCCACCUCCUUCUGCCGGUUUGAGGUCCCCACGGUCUCAGGUACCAAACAGCGCCGUGCCUCAAAAGAACGCUCUUGCGGGCGUCGACAAGAGCGAACUACCCGUCUUGUCUCCCUACGGCCAUGGUGGGAACUGGGCGUCCAUGGUGAACACCCCAAUGACUGCAACCUUCACUUCUGGCAACAAUCAAGGUGGCACUCAAGCUGACAUGGUGGCAAACGCAACUGCCAUGAAACUGGCCGCUCUUUCCACGGUUAACAACCGCUUUGCUCUGGAUGAUGUUCGCAAAUACCGCCGCGCAAGGUCCAACGAUGCUAAGGGUUCUAACCAACCUCCCCUUUCUCCCGGCUUGCCGUCUGCUCAGGGUAUUAAUUUGCCCGGCACUAACGUGGUCAUGAUCAACGAACAUGGCCAAGUGCUCAAUCGUGACCAGAUCCUUGCUAUUCAAGCCCAGCAGAAUAUGGGACUUACUGGACAGAGAUCGCGCCCCAACUCUCCAGGCCUUGCUAUGCAGGCUGCCACGCUGAGUCCAGUCCCAGCUGCCUUUACAUCGCCUCAGCACAAUGGGUUUCUCAGUGCCUAUGAAGGGUCUCCGGGACUAAUGACGGGCGGAUUCCCUGCUGGUGUAUUGUCACCCUUGGGUGUCGGUCAUGAGGGCUACUUGUCUGAUCAUUCCGAUAUGGGGCGCGGACGAUCGCCUCGUGGAAGGAGGGGAAGCUCGAAGCCGCCUGAGGAUCCAACUGACCCCUCUCUUUUGCAAGACAUCCCAAGCUGGCUCCGAAGUCUGCGACUCCACAAGUACACGGAUAACCUGAAGGACAUGAAAUGGACGGAGCUUGUCGAACUCGACGAUAAAGCCCUGGAGCAACGCGGCGUCAACGCCCUUGGCGCUCGACGUAAGAUGCUCAAGGUUUUUGAGCAGGUCAAAGAAGCGAAGGCCGACGGAAAAUUGGCCUAA